UGGGCGCCGGAAGUGGGGAAGGAAGUCGAAACGGACCGGCGGAAUGAGGGCGGAAGUGGGUCAGGCCGGUGCGAAGCUGAGCAGCUAUGGAGGGGCAGCAGCCGCCGCCGCCGCCGCCACCGCCGCUACAGCGGGGCUCAGCGGGGGACAAUCCCGGGCCCAGAGAGCUGGGGAGGGGGCAAGAGGACGAGGCUGAGGCCGAGGCCACGAUGGAUGCCUUCCUGGACAAGUUCCGCAGCCAGCCGUAUCGGGGACGCUUCCGCGAAGACACGUGGGAGCAGGAGUUUGAGAAGAUCCCGAUGUUCAUGAAGGCAGCCCCGACGGAAAUCAACCCCCAAGAGACCCCCGACUUGGCCUGUCUGCAGUCCCUUAUUUUCGAUGAUGAGAGAUCUCCCGAAGAGCAAGCCAAGACCUACAAGGACGAGGGCAAUGAUUACUUUAAGGACAAAGACUACAAGAAAGCCGUGCUUUCCUACACAGAAGGGCUGAGGAAGAAGUGCUCGGACCCCGACCUGAACGCUGUGCUCCUCACCAACCGGGCAGCUGCCCAGUUUCACUUGGGCAACCUGCGCUCGGCUCUGAAUGACGUCACAGCGGCCAGAAAGCUCAAACCGAACCACCUGAAAGCCAUCAUCAGAGGGGCCGCCUGCCACCUAGAACUGAAGAACUUCCGGGAGGCCUCGAACUGGUGUGAUGAGGGCCUGAGGCUGGACUCCCAGGAGAGGAAGCUUCUGGAGACCCGGGCCAAGGCGGAGCGGCUGAAGAGAGUUGAAGAACGGGACAUCCGGAAGGCGAAGGUGAAGGAGAAGAAGGAGGAGGCCCAGAAGGGGGCGCUGCUCCGCGCCAUUCAGGCCAGGAACAUCCGGCUGGCGGCCGCGGCGCCCGGGGACGACGACGAGCCAUCGGACGACGCGGAUGAUCCGGACGGAGCGUCCCCACACGCCGGCCUGGGCGCCGAGAACGCCGCGGGGGCCAGGGUGUGUCUGGGCGACGACGGCCGGCUCCGCUGGCCCACGCUGCUGCUGUACCCCGAGCACGGCCAGACGGACUUCAUCUCGGCCUUCCACGAGGACUCCAGGUUCAUCGACCACUUCCUGGUCAUGUUUGGGGAGCUGCCGCCAUGGGACCUGGAGCGGAAGUACCACCCGGAUAAUCUCCAGCUCUACUUUGAAGACGAUGCCCAGGAGGAGCUGUACCAGCUGAGCCCAGAGAGCACCUUGUUGGAGGCCUUGCAGCACCCCAGGUAUGUCGUGAAAGCUUCCACUCCGGCCUUCCUGGUCUUGGCCAAACAGUCUCCUUUCUGCAAGAGUUUCCUCCGGGGCAGAAAAGUGCAUCGGCUGAAGUGAUGGAGCCACCUGCCAGCAGUCGCACAGCCUGGGCUCCCCUCCCUCGGCCUCAACCUGAGGAAAGGAGGCAGAAGGGAAGGAGGAGGAACGAGCCCAGGCCAAGUCAGGCCCCUGGGCACGAGGGUCUCGGAGUGGUGGCUGGCCUCUCAAAGCCUUCUGCCCAUUUCUGAGAGGUCCUUAGCAGGCCACAGCUUUCAUACGACUUAAUGAUUAUUUUGAAAAUCAUUUUAUUACCAGCUUAAUAACCAUCUCCAUGAAAACGAAACAAUAAAACUGUACUUGAAGCCACAAA